ACCAUAACAUUUCGUUUGAUUCUCUCCUCGUCUUGUGUGCUUUAGCUGAUUAGUUGCUUGUAAUGGUGCAGCUAGGGUUUUGCUCGGGACUGGUGGAAGGCUCGGUUGAAUGCUUCUUCAUUCGCAGGCAGAAAGGCAUGGAGCUAUGGAGUGAGGUAUGUAUGCUAGAUUCAAUGCGGUACAUAAGUGCAGCAUAUCAUCUAAUUUCACUGGUAAAUCUGCCUACUUUUGGUUGAAUUCUUCGGACUUGUUUGCUUGUCAUUGAUCAGCUAUUUGUAGAUUGUUACAUGUCCUGCACAACUAAUAUUGUAUUCUCUAUACUACUCUUGGGUUUACUUCGAAGAGGAGAAGAUAUUUAUCGCUAGGUUAUUGGAGGAAUUAUGUUUUCUUCCCCCAAUCUGGUGAGGAAGCAGCUUCAUGUUGUAUAAGUUCUGAAAUGAUAUCGAACUCGAGAGAGACACACACACCAUGAAGGAGAUAUUGGAAGGAAGGUACUAUUAUAGGUUGAUAAUCUCCAAACUGAAAUACUUGUUUGAUUUCCCUGAUAAUUGUGUUGUCGUGCUCUCUGACACUGAUUGUUCAAUGUGCUCAUUGGCGCCUGAUAUGAGAUGCCGAUUACCAAGGCACAUUAGCAAGCCGUACUCCUAUUCCAAGGGAAUUUGCAGAAUCCUUAUGAAUGGUGGAGCAAAUGUCUGCAUGACAACUAAUCAUUCGUAUAAUUUUAACAAUAACAUACCCGUAUUCUGAAGGAGAGUCAUGGACUCGCAGACAUCGGAUGCAAAUAACAAUUUGAUAGUUAGAUGGUGUUUUGGCGUUCAACCAUUGCAGACUCAAUUUCCCGAGUGAGCUGCCGUGUUGACGACAUGAGCUUAAAAUAAAUGAUUGCCUCCCGAUUCAUUUCAAAACAUUAACUGGUAAGAAUCGUGCAAUUUCUCCUUUUAAUUGCAGCAAACUCUCCGGCACUGAAAAAUCUACUCGGGAUUGACUCAUUCUCCCUCUAUCCAAUGUUCUUACCAUGUUCAGUUGUUUUAAGGACUCUUUUUAACAUUUGUGGAUCUGGAUGCCAAAAUCCACAAGGAGAUGAUGAUUGUGUGACGUCUCUGCCGACAUGAACCAAUAAUGCCUUCUCCUCCGGUAAUGCUGCUCCAUCCGCCAACGGAGGUGCUGUGCAAUUUCUGGAGUGCUCCAGCCAUGGUUUCAAGGACGUUAGGAAAGCAUUCUCCUUCUGCUGCAUCUCUUAUCGCCGGUAAUUCAGAUGGAGGAAAGCUUGCAACGAUGUUCAUAAACCCACGCGAUUCCGACCUAUCGAAACCUACCGCUCAAAUCCGAGGUCGGCCAGGAAGGCUCCGGAGGAGAGAGUCAGAAAUCAACGCAAAUGACGCUCUGGAAAAGUUCGACGAAAUGCUCCGGAUGCAAAACCUACCGCCGAUUUCGUCGUUCAAUUCGCUUUUAGGCGCGGUUGCGAAGUCCAAAAGGUACGGUGAUUUGAUUACAAUGUUCAAUCGUAUGGCGGAGGCUGAUCUCCCAACCGACUACAUCGGAAUGAACAUUUUGCUUAAUUGCUAUAGCGAAUUGAAGAAGGUCGGUUUAGGUUUCGCAGUUAUGGGUAAAAUAUUGAAGAGAGGUUAUGAGCCUAACAUUGUUACAUUCACUGCAUUGAUAAAGGGGCUGUGUUUGGAGGAUAAAAUAGGCGAAGCUGUGGCAUUGUUGAGGAAGGUAACUCGAAUGGGGUUUAAUCCUACUGUUAAAACUUGGGGGACUUUGAUCAAUGGAUUAUGUAGAAGUGGCAAUGCUGAGGUAGCUCUGAGGUUGCAUAAGGAAAUGAAGAAUAGGAAGAUAGCCUCUUGUUUGAGAUUCAACCCUAGUUUGAUUUACUAUUCAUGUCUUAUAGAUGGUGUUUGUAAGGAAGGGUUGAUUGAACAGGGGAAAGAGCUGUUUGCAGAGAUGGAGGGGAAGGGUAUAUCGGCGGAUGUUGUAGCAUACGCUGCGUUGAUCCAUGGAUUAUGUCGGAAAGGGGAGUUGGAGCAGGGGAAGGAGCUGUUUAUUCGGAUGGUGGAUCGAGGGAUUCGUCCGAACGUUGUGACGUUUAAUAUAUUGAUGGAUGCGCUCGGGAAAGACGGGAGAACCGACGAGGCGGUUGGGCUGUUGGAGCUGAUGAUUUGUCGGGGGGAGAACCCCGAUUCGAUUUCAUUCAACACUUUGAUCGACGGGUACUGUUUGGAGGGAAGAAUCGAUGAUGCAAGAGAGCUGUUUCUUUCGAUGGCGGCUAAGGGUUACGAACGGGAUGUCGAAACGUACAACGUGUUGAUUAAUGGGUAUUGCAAGUGUAAAGAAUUAGGAAAAGCUACCGAUUUCUUUAAAGAAAUGCUCGAGAAGGGUUACGAGCCGACGGUCGUUACGUUCAACACUCUGUUGAAUGGUUUAUUUCAAAGAGGUAAAGUUAAGGACGCGGAAGAUCUCUACGCUAAGAUGAAAGAUCACGACGUUUCGCCAGAUUCUGCUACAUACAGUAUAUUAUUUGAUGGUUUCAGCAAGAACAAUUGCCUCGAUGAGGCCAUGGAAUUGUUCAAAAAUCUCGAGGAGUCUGGCUACAAAAUGAAUAAUUUACAUUGCAACUGUUUACUCAAUGGAUUGUGCAAAGCAGGAAAGCUCGACUUGGCCUGUGAUCUGUUCAGAAAAUUUCCAGAAAUGGGAUUGGCGCCGGAUGGCUAUACCUAUUCCAUUAUGAUCGGUGGGUUUUGCAAGGAGGGGCAGCCGGAGAAGGCGACCGAUCUGUUUCUUGAAAUGGAAGCGAAAGGCUGUGCUCCCGAUGUCGUCAUCUUCAACACUCUUAUGCGAGGAUUCUGCAAUAAUAAUGAUGCAGGUAAAGUGGUUAAACUUCUCGAUGAAAUGGCGAAGAGGAAUUUCUUACCUGAUGCGUAUACAGCAAGUAUAGUGGUGGACUUACUGUCGAAAGAUGAAAGCUAUUCGAAAUAUCUUGACUUGAUCCCUAGUUUUGCCAACCGGGCUAAGAAAUAG